AUGGACAAACGCUACCUGGCCUCAGUUGAGAAAAAAGUAUAUAACAGAGAGUAUGAAGUUGUAAGCGUACUUAUGGUGAGCGAAAUUCAAACCGUUCUUGCAAACACUCAAUUCAUAGUCCCGUUUGAACGAAAACGAGUAGACAGUGCACAGUCCUUUAUACACGAGGAUAUCGUCCCUCCGUCUUCCUCGACAGAUAAGAAGACACAUAUCUCUAUACCAGAAGAGAAGAUAGUCCGUCGAGAGAAACCAACCGAAGUGCCCUACGAAGACUUGGAUGAAUGGGCACAAUUCUUUGAGCAUGAUUACUUGCUCGAUCCGAUUCCAGUCCCGCUCAUGCGUUUUGGCAAGCGAAAAACAACAUCUGACAUCUCGGAAGUAAAAACAUUCGCAGCUCCGUCGAAAAAAACGAAAAGGCAAGAUCUUUCAACAAUGACGAAAAAGAAGGCUAGGAAAUCCAUCUGGCGGGGUCGACCCGUAAAACCAUCGAGGCCAAUAUUGACGGUCAAAUCUUCGCCGGAACGAUAA